AUGUCCGCCGUGGAGCGGCGCCUGGCCCGUUUUCGGGCAGCUCGGGGUAGGGCAGCCGCUGUCCCCCUGCGCCCCUCUGAGCCGCCGGGAAAGGCCGCGGCUCCGGAGCCCGCUGAGAGCCCGGAUGGUGGCGGGCAGGCCCGUCCCGGCUGGGCGCCGGCGCCGGUGUGGGCGCGGCCGCUGCUGCUGAAGGUACUGCUGUGGGCCGUGCUGCUGGCGCUGUUCGCCGAGCUGGAGCUGGGGCUGCCCUACUUCGUCCUCUCCCUCCUCUACUGGAUGUACGCCGGCACACGAGGCCCCGCCGAGCGGCGGCAGGGCGAGCUGAGCGCUUACUCCGUGUUCAACCCCGGCUGCACCGCCAUCGCCGGGACGCUGACGGCCGAGCAGCUGGAGCGGGAGCUGCAUUACCGGCCCGCCGCCGGGAGGUAGCCGGUGUUGGACUGCACUUGUAAGGGAGUGCCCCGCUGCUUUCCCGCCCGGCUCUGUGUACACCCAAGACGAGGCACGAGGCGGUAUUGGUACAACUGAAGCCAGCUGCUGCUUCUGAUCAUGCCCGUGUUUCAUCCAGUACAUCCAAUUUUGGUGCAGGUUUCUCGAUUGCUCCGUGUUACAACGUUUGCUGUCUGCAGUGUACGGUGAAAAUAUCUGUUAUUACUCCUGACAGGUGACACUUGUGGUUUUAACCAUCAUUUUGGAAAAAUAACUAAGGGACAAUGAGCAGCAAAUGCAGAACUGCAAGAAGCUCUUAGAUGAAUGAGUACUUGCCUGUUGCUGCACUUGGUCUUUUUUUACCACCACACAGCUGGUGAUGCUUCUCACCAUCAUCCCACGUGCAGCCAGGUGCACUUUUCUUUAUGAGCCACUUUGUUUUUUUUAAUGAUCCAUUGGUAUUUCUAUUAUAUAAAUGAUUGCAUGAAAAUAAACCACUGAUAUUAAGCUGUA